AUGUACCAGGAGGUAGCCUUCCUGGCAGGAAACACUGACCACCAGUUCACCCCCUUUCACUUCAAACGUGUAAAGAAUCCACAAGAGGUCACAUCUAAGAAGGGUUUGUUCUACAAGCGAGCCCGGGUCCUGCUCAAGCCUCUGCCCCACCAGCAGGAUGGAGACAAGACUGGCCUGGCCGACAGGGCGGCCAUUAUCAAUGUGGGGGGCAUCAAGUACCACAUCCCCUGGUCCACGCUGGAUGAGUUCCCCUUGACCCGAUUGGGCAAGCUGCACAGUUGCAGCAACGAAGCUGAGAUCAUGGAUGUGUGUGACGACUAUGACGGUAGUCGCAACGAGUAUUUUUUCGAUCGAAACCCAUCUGCCUUCCGCAUCAUUGUGACCUUUUUGGCAGCGGGGAAGCUGAGGCUUCUGAGGGAGAUGUGUGCCUUGUCCUUCCAGGAGGAGCUGCUGUACUGGGGGCUGGAGGAGAACGACCUGGAGUGGUGCUGCCUUAGGAAGCUGCGCCUCCGGGAGGAGGAGUACAAGGAGCAGCAGAGACUGGAAGAGGAGGAGGCGGAGCUGACCGCACCACAGUCCUGCGAGGAGAGCCAGCAGCUCCCAGGGACACCAGAGGAGCCCCCCAGAAGAGGCUGCAUGCUCAGGCUGAGGGACAUGGUGGAGAACCCACAUUCAGGUGUACCAGGAAAACUCUUCGCCUGCCUCUCAGUCUUAUUUGUUGCCAUCACUGCUGUGACGCUGUGUGUCAGCACCAUGCCGGACCUGCGAGAGGAGGAGGAGCGGGGGGUCUGCUCCCAGAGGUGUAAGAACAUCUUUGUUCUGGAGACGGUCUGUGUUGCCUGGUUCUCCCUGGAGUUCUUGCUGCGUUUCAUCCAGACCCAGAGCAAAUGUGUGUUUCUACGCACGCCUCUGAACAUCAUUGACGUGGUGGCCAUCCUGCCCUACUACAUCACCCUCAUCGUGGACUCUCUGUCUGUGGGAGGAAAACCAGCCGGCUCGGGAAACAACUACCUGGAGAAGGUUGGGCUGGUUCUCCGAGUGCUCCGAGCUCUGCGGAUCUUCUACGUGAUGAGACUGGCCCGCCACUCGUUGGGCCUACAGACGCUCGGUCUGACCGUGAGGAGAUGCACACGUGAGUUCGGCCUGCUGCUUCUGUUCCUGUGCGUGGCCAUGGCUCUUUUUGCUCCUCUAGUGUUCCUUGCUGAGAGCGAAAUGGGAGCCAAGCAGGAGUUCACCAGCAUCCCUGGCAGCUACUGGUGGGCGGUCAUCUCAAUGACAACGGUCGGCUACGGUGAUAUGGUGCCCAGAAGCAUCCCAGGCCAGGUGGUGGCGCUCAGCAGCAUCCUGAGCGGCAUCCUGCUCAUGGCAUUCCCCGUCACGUCUAUUUUCCACACGUUCUCUCGUUCAUAUGUGGAGCUGAAGGAGGAGCAGAGCCGAGCUCUGAGGCAGAAGCUGGACUCGCAGGACAGCACCAAGUCUCAGAACAGCGAGGACUCUCAGGAGACGGACAGCUAUCAUGGCAUGUCGGAGGCCACGAUGGCAGCAGUGCAGCGGCGGAAGUCCCUCGCUGCUCAGAGGGCGGCUGACGUCAGAGCGUCCAUGCUCACUUAAGCUGGAAACAGUUAUUCAGACAUUCUGCUCUGCCUGUGGCCGAAACGUCAUCCUUUUUACCUGUUUGCUGAGGUCUGCUGAGCCCCUCAGUGGACAAGUGUGCAGAUUUUGUGGCCUUGUUGACAAAGAUACAAUAAUAAAUGAAUACAAUUAAAAAAUAGAGCACAUGACAAAUAAGGAGCAGAAGAAGAAAACAGCACAGACACUUGUUUUAAGGAACGACUGUGUGAAGUUACUGUUGGAUAAUUUAUCACUCAGGGACCAUGAGGACACAAGGUGUCUCUAACUGUGGGUGAGAAGCCAGCUGAAGUUUCUUCUUCUGGUCUUUUAGAUAGAAGGUUAACGAGUCAACUCAUCAUCGUCACCUGUAACUGUA